CUUACAAAAUAGGUGUUUGUAGUAGAUGGGCGCGUCAGUUCAUGUUUCAACGCGAGACCUCGAACAUUACAAUGAGCAAAAGUAGCUGCGGACAGAUCGUUUCGAUACCCACCACGGAAUGGCCAGCAUUACGCGACGUAUACCGUAGAGAUUGGCCGAAGAAUGCAUACAGCUACUAUGCGCUCGAAAAUUAUAUACAGUGGUCGCGCAAAGACCCCGAACUGUGCAAGCGAGAAGUGUGCAUUUGGAGUAUUGACAGCAAUUGGCGGGAGCAUGGCAUUUAUAUUUUAGAGGAUAAAAUUAAUCACGGUCACAUGAUUCGAGCAGAUAUCUGUUCCACCGAGCACACAGCACUUUUCCAGCAAACUUUAUGUCGCACGAACUUUAAGUCGUCUACUGAGUUUCUAUUUCGUGAGAGAACAUGCGCAUUCGUGAAGCAGCAUCUCGAAGAUUUUGGCUACAGAAUUAAUCUAAAGACGUGCUUUCCAGCGAAAUUUUAUCUGCUGAGUAAAAGCGAUUGCCGUAAACUGGAAGUUAGACCACGCACCGACUUCAUUAUCAAACCACUUACAUUGAAUGAUGUUAAAGAAGUUGAUGACUACUGGCCUUAUAAGUCGGCCAGCUCCCCUUAUAUUAUAAGCAGAAAUAUCAAGUACAAUCUCUCCAUGGGCGCUUAUCAUCCCGAAAGCGGUGAAUUGUGCGCCUGGGUAAUACACAGCGAAUUGGGCACCUUGGCGCUUUUAUAUGUCAAAAACAACUACAGACGCCGCGGGCUGGCCGAGGAUUUGGUGUUGCGAAUUUGUCGUACGUUGGCCGAGCAGGGUUGUGAUGCCAGUGCGCAUAUCGAGGAUACAAAUGAGCCAUCGACUAGGCUCUUUACAAAGUUAGGGUUCCGGCCUAUUGAGUACAAUUACUGGUUCAUAAGAGGAGACAACGAAAUUAAUUCGAAGGCAAGCGUCGCGCCUGUGGCGGGCCUAUAUGGCCAAACUAUGAAGCAUGGUUAAGAUUAUAAAUAUUAUAAAAACCCUUUAGGUUCAAGCUUAUAUAUUGCAAAUAACUUAGACCCUACCUAAGGAGCCCAAAUUGUAAAGAGUUUUAAAAGGCGAGAUCAAGUAGUUAAUAAAAACCAAUAAGUAAACAAUUCGAGUUUAAUAUUAGUAUAGACCUAGUAA